GUGCUUAUGCGCAUGUAGUUGUAACUAUAGUUGUGCUUUAAAGUAUGGCACUACAUCACAUUAUUUAAUUUGCAUUACGUCAUGCUCAUCAUUUGUCAGUAGUAAGAAGCAAUAAAUUGUCCAGUACACUUUAGAUUGCAUGUUGCGACAGUGGCACUUGCGCAUCGCUCACGUCUAACCUUAAAAACUCGACCAAAACAUCAAAAACAACGGUGUUGGACGCAUCAAAUUAGUUAUGGCAUUAGUUAUCUGUGUGACGACGAGCUGAUGUACACAAACCACCCACGAUACCAACGAAAUAUGUUUCUACGUGCGUAACUGAGUGCGUUAAUCCCGGAACGCAUCAAAAUUUCGUCUAAUAAUAGCCGUCGACUGCAGAUAUUCAACUUGCAGUAACGUCGACUCAAUGUAUUCGUAACAGGGAAAAAGUAAGAAAAUUUUAAAAAGGUGCGAAUACUUAUAUCUUGAAGACAAAUACAAAGAUGAAUUCCAAAGCUGCACUUGCAAUCGCCUUAGUUUAUAUCGGAUGUGGAUUAAACAAUGUUUUUCUGGAGUAUUUAGUGAGGGAAGAUCCAGGCUGUGGAAAUUUAAUAACAUUCUGCCAGUUUCUUUUUAUUGCCGUAUAUGGAUUUGUCACAACGCAUAGAUUCGGCACAGUUAAGCCGAAAAUCCACAUGACUGCAUACUUCCAACUCGUUUGUUUCUUCUUUAUCACCAGCAUAUUUAACAACUGGGCAUUCAGCUUUAAUAUCCCUGUGCCUCUACACAUGAUAUUCCGAGCUGGAUCUCUCAUCGCGAAUAUGAUAAUGGGAAUCUGGAUCCUCAAGAAAAAGUAUGCUUUCUCCAAGUUUGUCUCUGUAGGAAUGAUAACAGCUGGAAUUAUUAUCUGUACAUUCAUUUCUGGAAAUCAAAAAGUAGCCUGUACGAAUUGUGAUGGAGACAAGCCAUUAUCAGACAAAAACGAUGACAAUGCAGCUGAUAACGUUGAUUUUCUUUGGUGGUUGGUUGGAAUUGUUAUUCUCACCACAGCAUUGUUAUUAUCGGCACGCAUGGGCAUCUUCCAAGAAACUUUGUACAAAGAACAUGGAAAACAUCCUGACGAAGCGUUAUACUACACUCAUUUACUCUCAUUACCUCUGUUUGUAAUUUACGGCUCGAGUAUUAUUGAACAUUAUGAUGUCAUGAUGAACAGUGAAUCGACGAGUCUGCCAUUUGGAAACGUAGCUCUGCCAUUAUUAGUCCUCUACAUGAUUGGCAACGUUUUUACACAAUAUUUGUGUAUCUCUUCAGUUUAUGUCUUGACAACUGAAUGUACAUCACUUACAGUCACUUUAGUAGUAACCCUGCGGAAGUUCCUUUCGUUGAUCUUCUCAAUUGUUUACUUUAAAAACCCGUUUACGCUGGGACAUUGGUUUGGAACAGGUUUAGUGUUUGUGGGGACAAUGAUAUUUACAGAACUUGUUAAGUUUCCAUCCAAUACAGUCGCACAGAAAGAUAAAGUAAAAAAGAACUAGUAGUGUUAUUAAAAGUGAUUUUUUAUAAAAUAUUAUGUACGUAUGAGUUAUGACUUGUUAUGAUUGAUGAGAUUAUUGGAAUGUGAUUGUCGGGGCAUUUAUUAAUACUGAAAGAAUAGAUUUAGUGUUAGUUGAUCAGAAUUUAAUUUAAUAUCUUGUUGAAACUUUCAAGUAACUUGUUAUGCUCAUAUAAUAGCCGGAUUUUAACUGUACAUAACGUAAAUCCAUUGAUAACGUAACAUAAUUAGUAGUUUUUAUCUUGCCGACGCCAUUUUCACACAAACUAUGACUUUUGUGUCCCUAGUUUGAUAGAAAACUAGUCAUGUGAGUUUAAACAAUGUUAAUAAAUAUUCCUGGUCGCAUA